AUAUUAUCUCACAAUAAAAUUAAAUAAAGUUUCCAUCUUUUUCUCUUUUUUUUUUUAGGGUUUUGUUAAAGAUCCAAUUUUUAUUCGAUUUAAUUAUUACAAUUCACAUUUUGGGCUCACAGUUUAUAAUUUUUUUCACAUACAUGAGGUUAUGUAUAUUAAAUUUAGCUUGUAAUUAGGGUUGUAAGAUAGUAAUUUGAUCUGGGUUUUAAUUGGGAAAAUUUAGUUUAAUUUAAUAAAAAAAAUGGAAUAUAGCCGGGAAAGUGGUGGGGCCGGAACAGUUUUAACUCCGGCAAGAUUUGUGUGGCCUUAUGGUGGCAGAAGUGUAUAUUUAAGUGGCUCUUUUACUGGGUGGUCGGAACAUUGGCCGAUGACUCCGGUCGAGGGGUGUCCGACGGUGUUUCAGACUAUUUGCAGCUUGCCACCUGGUUACCAUCAGUAUAAGUUUAUUGUUGAUGGAGAGUGGCGACAUGACGAGCACCAACCUUUUGUAACUGGUAGUUAUGGUAUUGUGAAUACCGUACUCUUGACCAAGGAGCCAGAUUACAAUUCUGCAGUCUUGAGCCCUCAUAUGACUUCUGGUUCAAGCAUGGAUGUAGACAAUGAGACAUUUCAGCGAGUGGUAAGGGUAUCGGACGGUACAUUACAUGAGCCAUUGCAAAGGAUUUCAGAAACUGACCUGGAGGUUUCUCGUCACCGGAUUUCUGUAUUCCUGUCCACACAUAUGGCCUAUGAGCUGCUUCCAGAGUCUGGCAAGGUCAUUGCCUUAGAUGUUGAAUUACCUGUAAAGCAAGCAUUUCACAUCCUUUAUGAGCAGGGAAUUUCAACGGCUCCUCUUUGGGACUUCUGCAAGGGUCAGUUUGUUGGUGUUUUAAGCGCAUUGGAUUUUAUUUUAAUUAUGCGGGAGCUUGGUACUCAUGGGUCCAACCUGACAGAGGAAGAACUUGAAACCCAUACUAUAUCUGCUUGGAAAGAAGCAAAACUAUAUUUAAACAAACAAACUACUGAGCAUGGAAAAUUAUUUUCUAAAAGACUAGUGCAGGCUGGGCCAGAUGAUAAUUUAAAAGAUGUCACCUUGAAGAUAUUGCAGAAUCGUGUAGCUACAGUUCCAGUCACUCAUUCAACCUCAGAUGAUGGUUCAUAUCCACAGCUAUUGUAUCUGGCUUCACUUUCUGAAGUACUAAAAUUUGUUUGCAGAUACUUUAGACAUUCUGCAAGUUCAUUGCCCAUAUUGCAACUGCCAAUUUGUUCUCUUCCUUUGGGUACAUGGGUUCCGAAAAUUGGAGAAUCCAAUAGACAACCAUUGGCGAUCCUCAGACCAAACUCUUCUCUUAGUGCAGCCCUAAAUUUGUUUGUGCAAGCUGAGGUAAGCUCAAUUCCCAUUGUUGAUGACAAUGACUCGCUGUUGGAUGUAUACUCUCGAAGUGAUAUCACUGCUUUGGCAAAAGAUAAAAUCUAUACACAUAUUAAGCUCGAAGAAAUGACCAUUCAUCAGGCUUUGCAGCUGGGACAAGAACCAUUCUCUUCUUAUGGAGCAACCGGACAAAGAUGCCAUAUGUGUCUAUGCUCGGAUUCUCUGCAUAAGGUCAUGGAAAGAUUAGCAAAACCAGGGGUGAGACGAGUUGUGAUUGUGGAAGCUGGAAGCAAGCGAGUAGAAGGUAUCAUUUCCCUAGGCGACAUAUUCAGGUUUCUGCUUAGCUAAUGGAUGCUACAGCAGUCAUAAUUCUUCACAAUUCUUUCAAGCUUACCAUUGCAAUUUGGCCUUACAUUUUGACUAAAUGUAUUAGUCUCGAGAGCAAAGGCAUGUAAAUCUAAAAUGUAUUCUGUUUGUUCAUCACGUUGCUCACCACUACAUGACUUGCCUACGUGCUCUGCUAGUUUUACCACUGUGGAAUGCAGUUUUACCAGGCAACUAGGGUGUUUUUUUCAGACAACAAAAAGGAGAAACUUAUGAAUGGUGGUUGUGUUGAGGUUGGUGGUUCCAUUCAGUCAUAUACAUUUUAUAGGUCAAACUUAAUAGAAUGCACAUGCUUUUUUAGAUUGGUUAUAAAACAUGUUUUCCAUUU